AUGCUAAACACAUUGAAGCCAUGGACUUUAUGGAAAGGAAUUGCCUUACGAAGAGUAGAAAAAAACUUUCUUGGUAUAUCUACUAGGUGGACUUGUCUCUCCACUGCACAAUCGGCACCGUCAACGUCUAAGGAGGGGAGCAGUGUAGAAAGUAUUUUGAAGAAGAUUGAUUUGGUUCCACUACGGCUCCAUAAAUAUCUAUUCGGGUCUGCAGUGGUACCAGAGAACGUCGUUGAAGACACAUUUACGAGUUUAGAAUUACCACAGUUGGAAGGGGAUAAUCUACAGGAGCACUUUUAUAAAAUUGGAGAGUCGCAAAUGGCUGAAAAUAGACGACUCCUUGAAAUGGCUUUUCAGAUGCCUACAGUACCAAAGAUGCCAACACGAUGGGAAUUGAACGUUGGCUGGAGUAAAUAUGAUGCUAGUACUGGUACAUUUUCCCGAAUCGAUUUCCCUGACGAGGAAAUCCUCUUUUUUGAUGUCGAGGUAUGCGUUCGUGAUGGCCAAUUGCCUACUUUAGCUGUAGCUCUUUCACCAACUUCAUGGUACUCUUGGUGCAGUGAGCGUUUGGUGAAUAAUACGCCUGUACCUUCACUUUAUCAAUUGCAGCAUUUAAUAUCAUUGGAAUCUGCAAACGGUGAAGAUCAAGUAAAGAUUGUAAUUGGUCACAAUGUGGCCUACGACAGAUCUCGUGUUCGAGAACAGUACUUGCGCGAGGAAAGUAAAACACGCUUUUGGGACACAAUGUCAAUGGCAAUCCCUAUCUUUGGGAUGGCAGACCAUCAGGUAAAAUUAUAUGAAAAGAACGAUGUGGAUGAUGAUGAAGACCAGCAUACGGGAUGGUAUGAUGCGUGGAGAAGGCGCGUCUGCCGUAACUCGCUAGUAGCGCUGCACCAAAAACUUUGCAGUAGUUCGUCGGAACUGAUGCUUGAUAAAUCGCUGCAAAACUUUUUUGUAAAGGAACCAAUUGAGGAAAUUCGUAAUAACUUCCAGAGUCUUGUGCGGUACUGCGCUGCAGAUGUGAUAGCAUGUAUGGAAGUAUAUAAAGCAUUAUUUCCUGAAUUUAUUGCGAGGUUUCCACACCCUACUACUUGGAUGGGAAUGAUUGAGAUGGGUAGUGUUUAUUUACCAAUAACUGAUAACUGGAGAAAGUUUUAUGGUAAUUGUCAGAAGCGAGCUCUUAAACAGAAUAAUAGUGCUGCUCAUGGUUUAAUAAAGUCAGCAAAGCUACUAGCAGAAGAGCUGUCUGGAAAUGAGAAGUUUAAGAAUGAUCCUUUUAUGUGGCAUGCGGAUUGGAAACCAGGGAAGAAUUUUCUUCCGUGCUGGUAUGAGUCAUUAUUGAAAAAUAAACACUUUUUGGAUGUUCCUAUCGAAAAUCUGAAAUCUGAAGAUGUAAAGCUCAGAUCACGUGUUAUUCCGUUCAUUUUUGGCUUAUGUUAUGCGAUGUAUCCACUCCAUUAUAAACUAGACAAAGGAUUUGGAUUUUUGAUACCCAAAGAUGGGAAUACCGAUGAAGUGGCUUUGGAACGUAGUGAAUUGCUGCUUAGGCGUGGGGGCACUGUAGAAGUACCCUACAAGGCUAUAAUGAAAUUAAUUCAUGAUAACAUGAUGGAGGGGUUCGGAGACGUCCUGGUAAAGCAGCCUGACUGUCAACUGGGACCAUUCGACUUCUUUCGCUUGCCCCAUCCAAGGGGUGCGGGUCUGAAUGUCGGCGAUCCGCUUGGAAAGGAUUUUUAUAUUGAUAUCGAGGAAGGUCUUCUGCAUCCCACUAGGUUCAAAGACGAGUUCUUCGCACUGCUGAGUGCAAAAAAGGCCACUCGUUUUAGAGAUCGUAUUGAAGAGCAGGUCUCAGUAUGGCUUGAUGAUGAUUUUAAGGAAGGCGCAUUGGCUCCACCUGUAAUACCAGCAGGUACUGUAACGAGGAGGGCUGUUCACAAGCUGUGGCUGACUGCCAUAAAUGCUAAGGACGAAGGGUUGAUCGGGACCGACUUAAAGUCAAUGGUGGAAUGUCCACAGGGAUGGUGCUUGGUUGGAGCCGACGUCGAUUCACAGGAACAGUGGAUAGCAGCAAUACUUGGUGAUUCAGCUCUUGGAUUUGGGAUUGCUGGAGCCACGCCAUUUAGCAACAUGCUUCUUGCGGGAAGUAAAUCAGACCAUAGUGAUUUGCAUAGCGUUGUAGCAAAACAGGUCAACAUUACGAGAGAUAAAGCAAAGGACAUAUUCAAGGUCCUUAACUACGCAAGACUGUACGGAUCGGGCACAGUGCAUGCUAUCGACUUUCUAAAGCAGUCAGGAAUAAACGAAUCAAAAGCGAAACAGAUCACUCAAAAGUUGUUUGAAACUACAAAAGGGCGUCGUGACGGGCAAUCUCCCAACGGGUGCUCCUCAGUCAAAACAAAAAGCUCUUUCAGUUCUUUCACUUCUAAAUUUGAAAAUUGGUUGAUGAAAGAAGUCGGCGAAAAGUUGACGGACAGGAAUGAAAUUGACUUGGAUCGUGACGUUUUUGCAAUGCGUUUGUAUGAAAAUUAUUCGGACCCUGUAUAUCUAUAUUCCGAUGGCUUUGAAUCAGCGACUUUUAACUACUUAGAACUGAUGCUGAGAAAACGACAUCUUAGGACUCCAGUCCUUGACUGUCAACUAGGGUAUGGACUUGAACCGUUGCCAGAAACAGCUCCGGAUGCUAGCUAUUUUCUCUCAAAAUAUAGACGGUCAAUAGUCAAUUGGGUUGUCCAAUCUAGUGCAGUGGAUUUCCUCCAUCUCCUGUUAUCUUGUAUGAAGUGGUUGUGCUCCAAGUACAAAAUCAACGCACGGUUUGUAAUCUCGAUUCAUGACGAGGUGCGCUACAUGGUAAAGGAAGAGGACCGAUACCGAUGUGCGUUAGCGCUAAUGUUAAGCAAUAUGCUUGUGCGUGCUAUGAUCUCUCAAAAACUCGGGGUUAAUCAACUUCCACUAUCAGUAGCUUUCUUUAGUCAAGUGGAUGUUGACUAUGUUUUACGGAAAGAAGUUAAUUUGUUGUGCAGGACACCAGACGGUGAAGAAAGACCACCAGGUGAAGCCCUUGAUAUCAAGGCUGUGUUAGAAAAGACGGGUGGCUCGCUUACAGUAAAGUAAAA